UAUGCACGAGAACCCAAAUCGGGCCAAUGAGGCAUAUGGGUGGCAUUUCCAGUACCUGACGGUCAUUGGGCUGACGCUGGCCACAUUCACCUUUGCGUUUGGUCUGCUGGCGGAUAUGACGUUAUCGGCCCGGCUAUUCUUGGCCAAGAACCUCCUCUCUAUUUGUAGCGCCCCAAUGGAGAUUCUGAUCAGUAUCCUAUACUGGGGGCUCCGUGUGAUUGACAAGCGCUUGGUGGUCCCUGACUGGGCGAUCAUUCCCCUCCAUGCCGACAUCGGCUUCCACGCUGUGCCAUCUAUCGUCUUAUUGAUCGACCUUCUCUUUCUUUCUCCUCCAUGGACUAUCAGUGUCGUUCCUGCUCUGGGACUGUCCAGCGCCAUCGCCUUGGGAUACUGGUUUUGGAUUGAACGGUGCUUCCAAUACAAUGGAUGGUACCCCUAUCCCAUAUUUGAAGUGGCGGGACUCGAGGGUCGCAUUGGAAUCUUCGCCCUGAGCGCCGUUGUCAUGGCGCUGAGCACCGGAAGCCUCAGGUGGCUCUACGGCCGCGUUAACGGUUACGGAACAGGAACCGAACCGAAAUCUCGCCCCGGUGCAAUGAAGCAGAACGGCACUAGUAUCUAAUCGGCAUAAUUUUUUUUUUAUUUUCGAAUGAGGAAGUAAACCAUGGCAUUUUCAUCUCAACAAGACAAGAUCUAGACUUCGCGACAUAGAUUUGUUGAUAGAUACCCCCAUGGACAUAGCAUUGGAUCUAGUACAUAAAUGUGACGAC